AUGAAGUCCUGGGCAAGGUGCAUCCUUCUUCUGCUGCUGCUGCUACCAGGUAAGGAACGUGGAGAUGUGUUGCCUUCAGUGUGUGGCCGUUCCAGAGAUGCUGGGAAGAUUGUGGGUGGUCAAGAUGCUCAGGAAGGACAGUGGCCUUGGCAGGUCAGCCUGUGGAUAGCUGGAGAGGGCCACAUAUGUGGGGGCUCCCUCAUCCACCCAAGGUGGGUGCUCACAGCUGCCCACUGCUUCCGUAGGUCUCAGAAUCCCAGCUUCUACAGUGUGAAGGUCGGAGGACUGACACUCUCCCUUCUGGACACCCCCAUAACCUUGGCGGCUGUGAGGAGCAUCUUCGUGUACCCCAGCUACCUCUGGGAAGACACGUCUAGUGGAGAUAUUGCUUUGGUACAGCUGGACACUCCUCUGAAGCCCUCUCAGUUCACUGCUGUCUGCCUCCCAGAAGUCCAAGCGCCUCUCACCCCCGGGACUCUAUGUUGGGUAACAGGCUGGGGGUCCACCCAAAAAAGAGACCUGUCGAGUGUCCUCCAGGAGUUAGCUGUGCCUCUCUUGGACUCAGAGGAGUGUGAGAAGAUGUACCACAUCCCAGAGAGCAGCCUGUCAGGGAAGCGACUCAUCCAGGCAGACAUGCUCUGUGCAGGCUUUGCAGAGGGCCAGAGAGACUCUUGCCAGGGUGACUCUGGGGGACCGCUGGUCUGUGUCAUCAAUAGUUCCUGGACCCAGGUUGGGAUCACCAGCUGGGGAUUUGGCUGUGCUCGGCCAUACAGGCCUGGUGUCUACACUCGGGUGCCAGCUUAUGUAGACUGGAUUCGGAGAACCGUGGCAGAGAACUCCUCUGACACCUGCGGAUGCCACUCCAGAGCCUCUGAGGCACGGCCACUGCUGCUGCCAGUGUUGCUGGCCUUAGCCUUGCCAGGGGCCAUGUGA